GGAACAUCGGCCACCUCCAGCUCCCGGCGCGGCCUGGCCCGGCCCGGCUCGGCCGCCUCAGCCUCAAGCUCUCCUAGAGGCGCCGCCCGUCUGUGAGGGCCCCGCCCCUUGUCCUGUGGCCUGUGCGUGGUCUGCAGCCUCUUGAGUCCCGCACUGCACGCACCGGGCCCGGCCGCAGAGCCUAGGGAAGAAGGAAAGGACAGUGAGCCCUGGAAGGAUAUACCUUGGCAGGUUUUAUCUCUGUCUCCCCGCAUUUGUGUGUGUAUGUGUGUGUGUGUGCGUGUGCGUGUGGCACGCCUGAUCUCUGUCCCCUCUUGUCUGCCUGUGUCCUUGUCUCUGCCUGUCUCCCUCAUGCCAACAUGCCCCACCUCCUCUGCAGUACCAUGAUAACCCUUGAGCAAGAUUGUUACCUAAUCUCCUCCCUCCUGGUUGCCUUCAGCCUUCACCCUUUGCCUUUCUUUCUCCCAACAGACACACGCCUGCCAUGGCAGCCAUGAGGCCCCCCUGGUGUCCCCUACCCAUACCCUGUCUGGCUUCUUCACUCCUUCUCCUCUCCCUCCUGGGUGGAGGGGUAGGGGCUGAGGGCCGUGAGGACCCAGAGCUGCUGGUGACUGUGCACACGGGUAGGCUUAGGGGCAUCCGCCUAAAAGUACCUGGGGGCCCUGUCUCUGCUUUUCUGGGCAUACCCUUUGCGGAGCCACCUGUGGGCCCCCGUCGCUUUCUGCCACCGGAGCCCAAACGGCCCUGGUCAGGAGUGCUGGAUGCUACAACCUUCCAGAGUGUCUGCUACCAAUAUGUGGACACCCUGUACCCUGGUUUUGAGGGCACCGAGAUGUGGAACCCCAACCGUGAGCUAAGCGAGGACUGCCUCUACCUCAACGUGUGGACACCAUACCCCCGGCCUGUGUCCCCCACUCCUGUCCUUGUCUGGAUCUAUGGGGGUGGCUUCUACAGUGGGGCCUCUUCCUUGGAUGUGUAUGAUGGCCGCUUCCUGGCCCAGACUCAGGGGACUGUGCUAGUGUCCAUGAACUACCGAGUGGGAACCUUUGGCUUCUUGGCCCUGCCUGGGAGCCGAGAGGCCCCAGGCAACGUGGGCCUGCUGGAUCAGAGGCUCGCACUACAGUGGGUGAAAGAGAACGUAGCAGCCUUUGGGGGGGACCCAAUGUCAGUGACUCUGUUUGGUGAAAGUGCAGGCGCCGCCUCAGUAGGCAUGCAUCUGUUGUCCCCACCCAGCAGGAGCCUCUUCCACAGGGCCAUCCUGCAGAGUGGCACACCCAACGGGCCCUGGGCCACAGUGGGGGUGGGAGAGGCCCGUCGCAGAGCCACACUGCUGGCCCGUCUUGUGGGCUGUCCCCCCGGCGGUGCUGGUGGUAAUGACACAGAACUGGUAGCGUGCCUGCGGACAAGGCCCGCUCAGGACCUGGUGGACCACGAGUGGCAUGUGCUGCCUCAAGAGAGUAUCUUCCGUUUUUCCUUCGUGCCUGUAGUGGAUGGAGACUUCCUCAGUGACACGCCCGAGGCCCUCAUCAAUGCUGGAGAUUUCCAUGGCCUCCAGGUGCUGGUGGGUGUGGUGAAGGAUGAGGGCUCCUAUUUUCUGGUUUACGGGGCCCCAGGCUUCAGCAAAGACAACGAAUCUCUCAUCAGCCGGGCCCAGUUCCUGGCUGGGGUGCGGGUCGGGGUCCCCCAGGCAAGUGACCUAGCAGCCGAGGCUGUGGUCCUGCAUUACACAGACUGGCUGCACCCUGAGGACCCGGCACGCCUGAGGGAGGCCAUGAGUGCUGUCGUGGGUGACCACAACGUCGUGUGCCCUGUGGCCCAGCUGGCUGGGCGGCUGGCUGCCCAGGGGGCCAGAGUCUAUGCCUACAUCUUUGAACAUCGUGCCUCCACACUAUCCUGGCCUCUCUGGAUGGGGGUGCCCCACGGCUAUGAGAUCGAGUUCAUCUUUGGGCUCCCCUUGGAUCCCUCACUGAACUACACCUUUGAGGAGAGAGUCUUUGCCCAACGACUGAUGAAAUAUUGGGCCAACUUCGCCCGCACAGGGGACCCCAAUGACCCACGCAACCCCAAAGCUCCCCAGUGGCCACCGUACACGACUGGAGCGCAACAGUACGUGAGCCUGAACCUGCGGCCGCUGGAGGUGCGGAGGGGACUGCGCGCCCAGGCCUGCGCCUUCUGGAACCGCUUCCUCCCCAAAUUGCUCAGCGCCACGGACACCCUGGACGAGGCGGAGCGCCAGUGGAAGGCCGAGUUCCACCGUUGGAGCUCCUACAUGGUGCACUGGAAGAACCAGUUCGACCAUUACAGCAAGCAGGAUCGCUGCUCAGACCUGUGACCCCGGGGGGAACGCCACGUCCCCCCGCCCCGCCCGGCCCCCCAGCUGUAUAUACUAUUUAUUUAAGGGCUGGGAUAUAACACAGACGAGCCCCAGACCCUGCCCACCACAUCUGGACUUCCUCCCGGGGCUCCCCGUUCUCUGCAUGUCUCGGGCCGAGCCCCCUCCCCCUCGGUGCCUUCGCCCCUCUGGGCUGCCAAUAAACUGUUACAGCCACCAA